CCCCCCGCCCCGUAAUUCAUUCGUAUUGCGAUAACGCUUGUUUUUGUCGCUUCGUUCGUUCGGUUCAGCGGAAAAAUAUUGUGGUUGCUUGCGGAAAUCGAAUUAAUGCUAUUGUUUUUUUUUAUUUACUUGAAGGCGCCGGAGACGGCUGAAACCACAAAGAAUGAAUAGAUUAUUCUUAUUUGCUGGUAAUGUGUUAACAUAAAUUGUGAAUGAUCAUUUAGUUUAAUGAAAGAGAAAGUUCAACAAUAAAUUUCUCACGUGUAGUUCGCAUACUAGAGGUCUCUCUCUCGCUUCUACACAUACGACUUGCUGUGCGUAGCAACUAUUAAAAGUUACAUGAAUGUGUAUUUAUGAGUGUGUGUGUGUGCGUGUUUAUUGUUUAACUUGUUUAAAAUGUAAAGAAUCGUUGAGUAAGGAAGCUGAAGCUGUAAAACAUGCAUGAAACAAUGUAAGAGCCGGCCAGAAGAGAGCAGUCCCUGAAGACGAAAAGCGUACAAUGAAAGCCACAAAUAGCCAAGAACGGCACUAGUCAAGACAAGAACCAACCGAAUAACAUUUUCUGUUGGUUAACAGAGCCUGCCUGUCUGCCUCCCCCGCCCAACAGUCAGUAUAGCAAAAAACAAAAAAAAAAACAAAAAAACCAUACAAACGGACCCAUAGAGACAUUUGAGAGAACGCGAGCGAGCGAGAGAGAGAGAGAGACGAGACUGAGAGGUGGAGUGGUCGCAGGAUACGGAGGUGGUGGCCAUGCCCAGCACAGCCGACAGCGCCGGUAGCCUUGAGAAGUUGAUCAAUAGUGCUGGGAGCAGCAGCAGUGUCAAUGCCAUGGGCAUUGGUAUGGGUGGAGCCGGCGGUGCCACAGGCGCCUCAGUAGCCACUGCUGCUGGCACUUCAGUAGUAGCCCACAGUACGGCGGAUACAAAUGCUGCCGCCGCCGCCGCUGCCAGCAGCGCUGGUGGUGGUGGUGGAGGAGGCGGCACAAUACCAUGGGAUAACAAUGGCACUCUACGCUCUAUCCAUCCUGGCGAUUGGUCAGCUAUCGAACAGUGCCUUAAUUGGCAGCCAUCACAUCAUCUAUACUUUCAACUCGGAUGGGCAUUCCUUUUUAUCGCCUUCCUCGCCCCACAUGGUCCAUUUGGAUCGCUUUGGAUGCGAGCCAUGCUACUAAUUGGUUGCAUCAUGAUGGGUCUCUAUGGUUAUCUGGUUGAAUGUACACCAGAUGUGGUCGUGUGGUCUGGUCUGGGCAUUGUCAUCAAUUUCAUCUAUCUAAUUGUGGUCCUAUGUCGUCUACGACCUGUGCGUUUUGAGCAGGAAAUUGAGGCGGUUUAUAUAGCCCUGUUUCAGCCUCUACAUGUGACGCGCCAUCAGUUCAAAAAGGUGCUAAACUGCAUGAAGGUUAUACGUGCUCUUAAAUAUCAGGAAGUCUAUGCCCAGGAGAAGGUCACCAAGGUGGAUAGCCUUUCGUUGGUAUUGAGUGGCAAAUUGGUUGUCUCACAACAUCAACGAGCCUUACACAUUGUAUUUCCCCAUCAGUUCCUAGACUCGCCGGAAUGGUUUGGCGUCUCAACCGAUGAUUACUUUCAGGUCUCUAUUAUGGCCAUGGAGGAUUCUCGUGUACUUAUCUGGCAUCGUGAUAAACUGAAGCUGUCAAUUAUGACUGAACCCUUUCUGCAAACUGUUUUUGAUCACAUCUUAGGCAGGGAUGUGGUCAAGAAACUAAUGCAGGUGACACAGGUGAGCGAAUCGAUAGCUAGCAAUGGAUUCCUACCGUCUGGUGGUUAUGCCGAAGAUGCCGAGGAUAAGCCAAUGCUGAUAUUGAAAAAAAACGUUGAUGUGGGCCAUGGUCUGACGGCAUUGAUUAAUCGCCAAUUGCAGGAAGAGCAUGUUCCUUUACUUGGUCGCACGUAUAAACAACUCCAACAACAUCAACAAGAACAACAACAAGAUCAACAACAACAACAACAUUGCAGCCAGAAUGAAGAGCACUUUUAAUUGAAUCAUCAAUUCAAUCCAAAACAAAACAAACCAAUCCAAUCCAAUCCGAUUCGACCCGACCGUAUGCUCAACUUGCCAUUACUGACAACACCCAACACCAACACUACCAACAAUCAACAACCAACAACAACAACAACCAACAACAACAUCAACAACAAUAAAAAAAUAAAUGUCGGCGAAUUGAGGCCCCAAGAUUCAUUCAUAUAUACAUAUACAUAUGUGUAAACUCAUCGUCAAACAGCUUCAUCGCAAAUCAAUAAUAUCAUCAUCUAGUAUUCAUAUAUAAAGAUAUACAUAUAUAUUUUUGUUUGUUUUACCACCAGAAACAUACACUUUCUUUAGACAUUAUCCUUUUUAAGAAUAUGUGUGUACGAAAACUUUUUUUUAUUAUUAUUUUUUGAAUAUUAUCGAAAGGAAACCGAUUUCACUUUUGUGGAGCUGAAAUUAUAGUUUUGGGAGAUCAAUUUAUUGGUUCAAUUUAUGAAUUUCAAAGUCAAUUUGGCAAUAAAGAUCCCAGUUUCAUCAAGAAGGGCAUAUAAAUCUAUCUAAAAAUAAUAUGCAGUAGAAUCCGAUUAUAACGACUCCGCUUAUAACGUCCGUCCGAAGUUCGAUGAGUGAUUGGUUGGUCCCAAUACAACACUUAUAUGAAAGGUCCUCAAGGUCCUUGUGCGUCGUUAUAACCGAAUUCUACUGUAUCAGCAAAUUAAAACUGAUUGGAUUGAUUGUCAUUAAGCUUAAAAUAUAUUUAAAUAUUUAGAAAAUUAUGUAUUUCCCUUUGCGAGUUUAUUGAGAAUUUACCAAAACCGAUUCCAGAAGUUUAUGGAUUGACUUUUCAUUUAUAUAUAGUUUGGAUCAAUAUUAAUUAGUCUAGUUUAAUUACAAAAUGUAAUUUGUCGAAAGUCUAUUAUUGUAUCCAAUCGUUCAAAUACUUUCCAAAUUUGAAUGAAAAGUUCUUAGAAGUCAGUGUAUGUAGAUACAUAAAUUGAAGACUGGACUAUAUACUAGUUUCAUAUCCUUGCAAGUUAUUCUCUAACAUUAUUCUUAGAUUUUCAAUAUCGCUCAAAGCAUGUAAAGUUAGGAAAAGCUUUAGUGGAUCGGCCUUAUUAAAAGCUACAACCUUCAGCCAUCUAUAAUAUAUAUAUGUAUAUGUAUAUUAUAGAUAGUUCAUGCAA